UUAGUUGGCCAAAGGAUGAGCUCAGAUACCGAUUCGGAUAGGGAGAAGAGCAGCGAUCCCAAUGAGGAGCUGCUCAGCAGCGAUGAUAAGAGCUAUCCCGACGACGAUGAUGAUGACGACGAUUUGAACUCAUCGCCAGUGGACGAAGACAUUGAUAACAAUUCAAAUGUGAGCGAACCAAUUAGGCAAUUACCCGAUGCGGAACAAGUGCAAUCGUACACCGAGAACGACCAAUUGCUGGUGCAAUUGACACAAACGGAAGCCAUAGAAAUACAACAGCCGCAGCAGCAAAUUGAUGUCGAUUUGGCAAACGGCACAACUGGAGAGCAGUUGGUGGUCUGCGAUGAGCCCAUGCCCAUCCAGCAGCCGUUGGUGGUUGCCAAGUACAGAGAGAGUGUUCGCGAAUCCGUUGAGUGCUUCUAUUCGGCACAGGAUCUGCUCGAAUAUGGUCAUAUGCUAUCAUCGGCGGCGGAACAGCGCACUCCCGAUGUCGAGUCGGGCUAUUUUGACAAGUCGGAGAGUGAUGAUGUCUCACGCGAUGAGUUUGGGGCACAAGCACUGCCAAUUGUGGGCGGCCAGACCACAUCCAGCAGCUCGGAGAGUCUACGCAUUGAGCUGAGCCGCUUUUGCACCUCGAUGGAGGCUUUUGAGCGUGAGCAACAACAAGAGCAGGAGCAGGAGCAGAGCCAGCGGCUCCAAACUCCGGCGCAGCCAAAAGGAGGUCCCAUUGCUGGCGAGGACUUGACAACGGGUCAACGUUUCAUUGAGAAACAAAAAGCUCACCGAGCCCUCGAGUUGCUCGAGGAUUAUCACGCACGUCUGUCGGAGCCACAGGAUCGUGCCCUGCGUAUUGCAAUCGAACGGGUCAUCCGCAUUUUUAAGUCGCGCCUAUUCCAAGCGCUACUAGAUAUACAGGAAUUCUAUGAAUUAACGUUACUGGACGACUCAAAGAGUAUACAACAAAAGACCGCCGAGACAUUGCAAAUUGCUACCAAGUGGGAGAAGGAUGGACAGGUCACAAAGAUAGCCGAUUUUAUAAAAACUUCCAAUCUUAAUCGCAAUUGCGCCUAUGAGUUUAACAACGAUGCCACAAAUCCCAAUCCAAGUUCAAAUCUUAAUCAAAACUUGAACGCGGCCGCGCAUGCCGAGGCUUUGAGCAGAACGUUUAAAAAUGAAUUGGAAGAGAUUUUGAACCAACGCAUGCGCAUCGAGUCCGAUUGUGAGAAUGCCAAAGAUGCCACUGCCACAGAAGAUGCCGCAGUGCAACAAGUGCGCAACGCUCGCUCGCCCCAGCAACAACAACAGCAGCAGCAGCAACAAGUGGUUCAACAGUUGCAACAACAACAACAACAGCAGUCGACAGCAACUAGAAGCGGGACUCAGCAGAUUCUACACAAGGCAUCCUCGACGAAGGUAAACGGCGAUGAUAGCUGGUAUUAUGAGGACAUUCAGCUGGAGCGUGGCAACUCUGGCUUGGGCUUCUCGAUUGCUGGUGGCACCGAUAAUCCGCACAUUGGCACCGACACAUCCAUAUAUAUAACGAAACUGAUACCGGGCGGUGCUGCUGCCGCCGAUGGACGCUUGAGCAUUAACGAUAUUAUUGUGUCUGUCAAUGAUGUAUCCGUUGUGGAUGUGCCCCAUGCGUCCGCUGUGGAUGCAUUGAAGCGGGCUGGCAACAUUGUCAAGCUGCAUGUGAAGCGAAAACGUACAGCGAGCAGUGCAACGCCCACAACAGCAGCUCCAUCAGUCGAUGUGCAUGAUAGCGCAAGUGGAACGGCAACAACGGGCACCGGAACGGGAACUGGAACGGGAACGGGUCCAAAGGUGAUCGAAAUUGAUUUGGUCAAGGGUGGCAAAGGAUUGGGCUUCUCGAUUGCCGGUGGCAUCGGUAAUCAGCAUAUACCCGGCGACAAUGGCAUCUAUGUGACAAAGCUCAUGGACGGCGGAGCUGCUCAAGUCGAUGGUCGGCUCUCCAUCGGUGACAAGCUGAUUGCGGUUCGCACCAGUGCCGGUGAAAAGAAUUUGGAGAAUGUGACGCACGAAUUGGCUGUGGGCACGCUCAAGUCGAUAACCGACAAGGUGACGCUUAUUGUUGGCAAAACACAGCAUUUAACCAGCAGUGCAUCACAGUCGGCCGUUCAACUUGGCCAGCAGACGCAGUCGCACUCCCAGUCACAAACCCAAUUGGCUGCCACAUGGCAACAGCAGCAGCAACAGCAGCAGCAGCAGCAACAAGUGAAUUCGGAAUCUGCAGAGCCCGGCUCAAGAUAUGCAUCCACGAAUGUCCUGGCGGCCGUGCCACCGGGCACACCACGCGCUGUCAGCACAGAGGAUAUAACCAGAGAACCACGCACCAUCACCAUACAAAAGGGACCUCAGGGUCUGGGCUUCAACAUAGUCGGCGGCGAGGAUGGCCAGGGUAUUUAUGUAUCAUUCAUAUUGGCCGGCGGUCCGGCGGAUCUUGGCUCCGAGCUGAAGCGGGGCGAUCAACUGCUCAGUGUGAACAACGUCAAUUUGACGCAUGCCACGCACGAGGAGGCGGCACAGGCGCUAAAAACGUCUGGUGGAGUUGUCACAUUGGUGGCACAAUAUCGGCCGGAGGACUACAAUAGAUUCGAGGCACGCAUCCAGGAGCUUAAACAACAGGCGGCGCUUAGCGCCGGUGGCUCUGGCACCCUGCUGCGUACUACACAGAAGCGUUCGCUAUAUGUGCGCGCCCUCUUCGACUAUGAUCCAAUUCGCGAUGAUGGGCUGCCGUCGCGCGGCCUGCCCUUCAAGCAUGGCGACAUUCUGCAUGUGACCAAUGCCUCCGAUGAUGAAUGGUGGCAGGCACGACGCGUCCUCGGCGACAAUGAGGACGAACAAAUCGGUAUUGUGCCAUCGAAGCGGCGCUGGGAGCGUAAAAUGCGUGCACGUGAUCGUAGCGUUAAGUUCCAAGGACAUGCGGCGGCUAACAAUAAUCUAGAUAAGCAAUCAACUUUGGAUCGCAAAAAGAAGAAUUUCACAUUUUCACGCAAGUUUCCAUUCAUGAAGAGUCGCGACGAGAAGAAUGAAGAUGGCAGUGACCAAGAGCCGAACGGAUUUGUGAACAGCAACAGUGAAAUCGAUGUGAACAAUGUUAAUAAUAACCAAGCAAAUGAUCCGCAGCCUUUUAUGCUUUGCUACACACAAGACGAUGCCAACGCUGAAGGAGGCGAGAUUAUCUACAGAGUGGAAUUACCCGAUAUGGAGCAGAUAACUUUAAUCUACUUGGAGAAUAAUGAUGCUGACUAUCCUUCCGAGGAGAAUGUGCUGUCCUAUGAGGCCGUACAGCGUUUGUCUAUCAGCUACACACGUCCCGUUAUAAUAUUGGGACCGCUUAAGGAUCGUAUCAACGACGAUUUGAUAUCUGAAUACCCGGACAAAUUCGGUUCAUGUGUGCCACAUACAACGCGGCCAAAACGCGAAUAUGAGGUAGAUGGCCGGGACUAUCAUUUUGUGUCGUCGCGCGAGCAAAUGGAGCGUGAUAUACAGAACCAUCUGUUCAUCGAAGCUGGCCAGUACAAUGACAAUUUGUAUGGCACUUCUGUGGCCAGCGUGCGCGAGGUGGCCGAAAGAGGCAAACACUGCAUACUGGAUGUGUCGGGCAAUGCAAUUAAGCGUCUGCAGGUGGCGCAACUUUAUCCGGUAGCUGUUUUCAUAAAGCCCAAAUCCGUUGAUUCCGUGAUGGAAAUGAACCGUCGCAUGACGGAGGAGCAGGCAAAGAAAACGUUUGAGCGCGCUAUUAAGAUGGAGCAAGAGUUCGGCGAAUACUUUACGGGUGUUGUACAAGGCGAUACAAUCGAAGAAAUAUAUAGCAAAGUGAAAUCAAUGAUUUGGUCGCAAUCGGGACCAACCAUUUGGGUACCAUCGAAGGAAUCUCUAUGACCAACAGCCACAACAACAUGGACACUGCCGCCUCGAGUACGUUGUCGACCUGUCUCGAGAACAACAACAACAACAAUAGCAACAACAUCAUCAACAACAACAACAAAUCAGCCGCAACAAAAAACGCCACACUGAUGCACCACAACAAAUAAGGACGACGCCGAUCGAUGAUGAUGAUGAUGAUGAUGAUGAUGAUGACAACAUCAACAUCAACACCAGCAAUAGCAACAGCAACACAACAACCCGUAGCAGCCAACUCAAUGUUGUCCAUAAUUAGGAUGGUUAUUGUUUAGAUAAGCAAAUAACAAUCGCGGGCGCAGUACAAUAAGAAUCCAAACAUUACAUCACGAACUUUGAUGCAUUGCUUUUGGCCAAGCUUGUUCAUGACUCUUGGUUCUUAGUUCUUGGUGUGGGGACAAACUGUUCCACCUGAAGCGGCAGCUGUUUAAUUUUAGUUAGAACAAAAUUGAUAUACAAAACAACAAAAAACAAAAACAAACAAAAAAAAACUAAAACAAAAAGAAAAAAAAACAAAAACAAACCGAAUCAUAUUGAUGACAAGAUCUAAUAUGAAAAAGAAAACCGAAAGCAGAAAGCAGAAUGCAGAUGGCAGAAUGCAAAGAAACUGAGUUGAAGAGAGGAGGAAACGUUCGUUAUGCGCUAGUGUUGUUUGUUUAUGUUGAUGUUUAUACGAGAGUUAUAGCGAGUUAGUUAUGUUGACGCCAAUAAUAAUAUGGUAUAUGAUAUGAUAUACAUAUACAUAUGCGUAUACAUAC